GGUAAAAUCUCUGCGAGCUUCUUCUCUGCAGCAGUCGGCCAUGAAGCUCCAGCCUGCCGCUCUGAUCUCCGUCUUCCUCCUCGCUCUGCUCUCAGCUGAGUGCUCGUGCAGGAACGAGGAGGAGCGUCUGAUCAACUUCCUGAUUACAGAGCAAGGAUACAACAAAGAGCUGCGACCCGUAAAGAGGCAGCAGGAUGUCGUCGAUGUUUACCUCGCCCUCACACUCUCCAACCUCAUCUCUCUGAAAGAGGUGGACGAGACUCUGCUGACAAACGUAUGGAUAGAUCAUACGUGGGAUGACUUCCGCCUUGCAUGGAAUGAGACAGAGUUUGACGGCAUCGCGGAGCUGCGUCUGCCUUCCAAAAUGUUGUGGCUGCCGGAGAUCGUGCUGGAAAACAAUAACGACGCCCAGUUCGAGGUGGCGUACUACAGUAACGUGGUGGUGUAUUCCAGUGGUCUCUGCUACUGGUUACCGCCCGCCAUCUUCCGCUCCUCCUGCUCCAUCAACGUCAACUACUUCCCCUUCGACUGGCAGAACUGCACGCUCAAAUUUGUCUCUCUGACCUACAAUGCCAAAGAGAUCAGGAUGAAUCUUAAGCAAGAGUGGUCCGAAGACGGAAACACUCUCUUGUACUUGGUGGAGUGGAUCAUCAUCGACCCUGCCAGCUUUACAGAGAACGGUGAGUGGGAGAUUAACCACCGCCCGGCCAAGAAAAACACGUACAAACACAUCCCCAUGGAGAGCAACAAGCACCAGGACAUCACCUUCUACCUGAUCAUCAAACGCAAGCCGCUAUUCUACAUCGUCAACAUCAUCAUCCCCUGCGUGCUCAUCUCCUUCCUCGCGUCCCUGGUCUACUACCUGCCGGCUGACAGUGGUGAGAAGAUGACCUUGUCUAUCUCCGUGCUGCUGGCUCAGUCUGUCUUCCUGCUGCUGAUCUCUCAGAGGCUGCCAGAGACUUCUAUGUCUGUUCCACUUAUUGUCAAAUACUUGAUGUUCAUCAUGGUGUUGGUGACGGUGGUGGUGUUGAACUGUGUGGUCGUCCUCAACCUGCACUUCAGGACCCCGAGCACACACGUCAUGUCUGAUUGGACCAAGAAGAUUUUCCUCGAGCAACUGCCUCGCAUCCUUCACAUGUCCCACCAGACCGCGGCGGAGCCAUACUGGGAUGGAGCGUUGCCACGGCGAACCAGCUCUGUGGGCUACAUCGCCUCGGCGGAGGAGUACUACAGUGUGAAGUCUCGCAGCGAGCUGAUGUUCGAGAAACAGUCAGUGAGGCACGGACUGAUAACCCGCGCCACACACUCAUCAGUUGUGAAGCCUCAGGCUGAAGACGGGGUGACGGAUCAGCUGUAUGCGGAGAUCAAGCCGGCGGUGGACGGAGCGAACUACAUCAUCAAACAAAUGAGGAACAAGAACGACUUCAACGAGGAGAAGGACAACUGGAGCGGUGUCGCCCGAACGGUGGACCGUCUGUGUCUCUUCUUGGUUACCCCGGUGAUGACCAUCGGCACCGUCAUCAUCUUCCUCAUGGGCGUCUACAACAUCCCACCCCCCCUGCCCUUCCAGGGAGACCCCUACGACUACAGCGAAAUAAACCCUCGCCUGCCUUAAUAGCCGUGUGACUUAAAUAUGGAGUGAAUAACUUAAUUAGUAUAUUACUAUUUCAAUAAUUUUGUUUGUGUGAUUUGAAUAGAAAUGUUCACUAAAAUCCUUUAAUAUUAUUUUUGUCUUUGUUAAAUGUUAAGAAGCCCUCAGACGCUGUUUCUUGCAGCCCCUCGUUACCGGGGGCAUGGGGCUUAACUGGUUAAUGAAGUACGGCAUGUUUUAUAAUCCGGUUUAAAAUGUGGUUUUACAGUUUCAAGAGAAAAUAAGAGAUUAGUAUUUUUCAGCCAUAAUGUAGGAAACGAUGGAGGCUACAACAUGUCAUAAGAAGAUCUAAUAACCCUUAUACACCCGGUGAAUAGGGUAAAAAAGAUAACUAAUAGAUAUCACCGUGAGACUUCCUACCUGGUUACUUACAUAACAUUACGUUUUCUGAAAUAUGCAAACGAGGCAUGUUCUCAUUAAUUUGUGCUAAUAUGCAUACAUUACCGUAACAGAAAUGUGAACAUUGGAUAAAUUCAGGUUAAGAAUUCUUGUUUUAUUUUGUUGACACAUUAUAGUCAAAGGUUUUUGCAGAGGGGGAUUCUGGAUUUUCCUUCAUAUCACUCCAUAAAUGUUAAAUGUAUUGUUUCUUAUUUUUUAAAUAGUUGCCAGAGGUUUGAACCCAUCACACAAAACAUUACUUUUACCAAUAAAAUCAACGGAGACAAGAGGCAAUAAUUCCAAGCAAAUAUUAUAUAUAAGUUGAAACCAAAAAAACAAUAAUGAAAUACUAAAAUGUAGAGAAACUUCACAGGCAGUACCACAGUUUAACACUUCAACAAACCACCCAAAUAAAUACAUAUCUCAUGGAGGUUGGAAUAUUAUCAAAAAUACAAAAUUAACCCCAUCGCUAACAGUGAGAAGCUAAUUGAAACAUCACAAUCUCAGGGCCUUUUAUGUCAUUUUAAAGCCCUUUUUAGCUGCUAAAGUGUAUACAGUCACAAUGCCUUCAUUUCAAUGUAUUAGCACCAUAGUUAACUACUUCCUGCAUAUAUUAAAAAUGUGUCUGAUAACUUUAA